AUGAAAAUUAUUUCAAUCUUUUAUCGUGUCAAGGAUCACCACAAAUCUCAUACCAAAGCGCCGCUUCAAUCCCGUUUCACAACCACUGCAAUUUCCCAACUCACCUUACCUUCAACAAAAUUUAAUUGGUCAAAACCCAAAUUUACAACAAAAUCUUUUCCCUACUUUUGCUUCGAUGCAACAAACAACCAACCAAGCAUCGUCUACAGCACAUCGGUUGAAGUGGAAGCAGGAGGUAGUAGGAGAGGGAAAGGGAAAGGAAAAUCGAAAGGGAAAUCGAUAACGGUUGAAACAGAAAAUGCAGACGUUCCACAAUGGUGGACACCGGAGGAGGAAUAUGUUUUGACAGCGGCUUGGUGUGCUACUUCAAAAGACGAACUCCGCGGAAAUGGAAUAAAGAAAGGAGCUUAUAAUAAGGUUCCCGAUUUAAAGCAUAGAAAGUUGAUCGGAAGGAAAGGGAUCCAGAGCCCACCUUUUCGCUGCCGAUUGUGGGUCACCAGUUACACUCGAAACCCUAAUUUCUCCAUCUCAAAAUCAUUUAUCGUCUUGAAAGGGUUUAAGCGAACACGACCUAGAAGAAAAAACCCUCAACUUGCAGUCGAUUCACUUGCGAAUUUAACCAAUCCGGUGUCCUUCAACGCUUCCCGAUUCACUCUACCUGGUUCAAUCCUUAAUGGAUUUGGUCUUCAGCUUCAAAUGCUUCAAGUUCUUGAGCUCAGAUUUUGUCAAAUCUCUGGUGCAAUUCCUUCUACUCCCGGGAACUUAUCUAAUCUUCAUGAUUUAUAUCUAUCAGGUAACUCUCUCACACACACCAUUCCAUCAACUUUAGGGCAAUUAUCGAAUCUUUUAGUUCUUGAUUUGUCUAGAAACUCACUCACCGGAUUAAUCCCUUCAUCAUUCAGAUCAUUAUCCAAUCUCUCUUCACUUGACAUGUCUUUAAACUACUUAUCAGGAAUAAUCCCAUAA